AUGGAGAUUUCAACAAAACCAGAAGAUUUCAGAAACCAUCCAUCUUCUACUUCAUCUUCAUCAGCCUCUUCUUCCAUUAAUAUCAAUGGAGCUUUACAUCAUCACCACAUCAUCACCAGAUCGGAUCAUUACCCGACAACUUUUGUUCAAGCAGACACUUCCUCUUUCAAACAAGUCGUCCAGAUGCUCACCGGAAGCUCCUCCCCGAGAUCUCCAGACUCGCCGCGUCCACCGGCGACUCCUUCCGGCAAGGGAAGUUUCGUGAUUCCACCUAUCAAAACCGCACAGCCGAAGAAGCAAUAUUCGGGAAACAAACUUUACGAGAGGAGAUCGCACAACAACCUCAAGAACAGCCUCAUGAUCAACACACUCAUGAUCGGCAGCGGAAACGGCGCCGGUAGCCCGAGAUUCUCUCCGAGAAACCAGGAGAUUCUGUCGCCUAGCUGUCUUGAUUUCCCGAAACUCGCCCUCAACAGCCCCGUGACGCCGUUAAAGCACGGCGGAGACGGAAACGACCCAUUCGAUAGGAUGUCGCCACUAUCGGAGGAAGAGAGAUCGAUCGCCGAGAAGGGUUAUUACCUUCACAGGUCGCCGAUUUCAACUCCGAGAGAAUCGGAGCCGCCGCAGCUUCUGCCGCUGUUUCCGGUGACUUCUCCGAGAGUAUCGCCGGAGAAGUAG